AACCACUAGGCUACCUCAACGCCCGUUAUCUCCAACGAACAUGAUUACAUAAAAUAAAACAACAAUAAAAACAGCAGAGGCAAUAUAUAGUAGGAUCUGCCCUACUUUAUAUUUUGUUAUCAGGCUUAUCAAACAACACAGUGAAUUCCGUUCAUGCUCACGUGACAUGUCCGCCCCAAAACCGUCAUUACGCCGUGGGAAAUGGCAAGACGUGUAAUGUGAUUAAUUACAUGACAACACGACCAAGUCAGCGACAACACAUACCCGGAAGUGGCUGUUUGAUGAAAUAAUUUGUUUCUGUGGUAAGUUGAAGUGACCAGGUAAUUGGGCAGCCAUGAAGGUGGAGCUUGUGACAGGUAGCAUAGCUGACCAGCAGGUCGAUGUCCUGGUAAACACUACAACAAAGGACCUUAACCUGUCAUCAGGGCCAGUGUCGAAAGCGAUCCUCAGCAGGGCGGGGCAAGACAUCCAGCAGCAGUGUCAGCAUAACUGCCCCCAGGGAAUUGGCUUCGGGGAGCUCUGUGAGACGGAUGGGGGCAGUCUCACCUGCAAGCAGAUCUACCACACCUGUCUGCCUAAUUGGGGUGCUGAUGCUGAGCAGGUGCUGCGGAAUCUCAUUGAGAUGUGUCUCACAGAAAGCAGAUAGGUGUAACUAUGCCAGUAUAGCUUUCCCUGCUGUUGGAACAG